GAGGAGGAGAGGAAACCGGAGGAAGAGGAGGAGGCGAAAGAGGAGGAGAGCAGCCUCAGCGGGCGCCGGGGGAGCGAGUGAGCUCGGAGCGCAGGGCGAAGGCACGAAGAGGUCGGGGGACCCGGCGGGCGGCAGGAGGCACGGCCGGGGCAGCGGCGCCGACUCCGUUCCACUCUCGGCCCGGAUCCAGGCCUCCGGGUUCCCAGGCGCUCGCCUCCCUCUGACGCACUUUAAAGAGUCUCCCCCCUUCCACCUCAGGGCGAGUAAUAGCGACCAAUCAUCAAGCCAUUUACCAGGCUUCGGAGGAAGCUGUUUAUGUGAUCCCCGCACUAAUUAGGCUCAUGAACUAACAAAUCGUUUGCACAACUUGUGAAGAAGCGAACACUUCCAUGGAUUGUCCUUGGACUUAGGGCGCCCUGCCCGCCUUUUGGAGAGGAGAGAAAACUUUUUUUUGCCUCCCCCGAGAAACUUUCCCCCCCUCUCCUCCCUGCCUCUAACUCCGAUCCCCCCCUCCACGCCAUCUCGCCAAAAAAAAAAAAAAAAAAAAAAAAAAAAAAAAAAAAUCACCCCAAUCCACGCCUGCAAAUUCUUCUGGAAGGAUUUUUCCCCCUCUCUCCAGGUUGGGCGCGUUUGGUGCAAGAUUCUCGGGAUCUUCGGCUUUGCCUCUCCUUCCCCCUCCCCCCUCCUUUCCUUUUUCCUUUCCUUUCUUUCUUCCUUUCCUACCCCCACCCCCACCCCAAACAAACGAGUCCCCAAUUCUCGUCGGUCCUCGCCGCGAGCAGCGGGCGGCGGAGGCAGCGUGCCGCGGUCGCCGGGAGCAGGGAGCCCGGGGCGCCCGCUCCUCGGCGCAGCAUGUUCCAGCCGGCGCCCAAGCGCUGCUUCACCAUCGAGUCGCUGGUGGCCAAGGACAGUCCCCUGCCCGCCUCGCGCUCCGAGGACCCCAUCCGUCCUGCAGCGCUCAGCUACGCCAACUCCAGCCCCAUAAAUCCGUUCCUCAACGGCUUCCACUCCGCCGCCGCCGCAGCAGCCGCGGGCAGGGGCGUCUACUCCAACCCGGACUUAGUGUUCGCCGAAGCGGUCUCGCACCCGCCCAACCCCGCGGUGCCAGUGCACCCGGUGCCGCCGCCGCACGCCCUGGCCGCCCACCCCUUGCCCUCCUCGCACUCGCCACACCCCCUCUUCGCCUCACAGCAGCGGGACCCGUCCACCUUCUACCCCUGGCUCAUUCACCGUUACCGAUAUCUGGGCCAUCGCUUCCAAGGGAACGACACAAGCCCCGAGAGUUUCCUUUUGCACAACGCGUUGGCCCGAAAGCCGAAAAGGAUCCGAACCGCCUUCUCCCCGUCCCAGCUUCUAAGGCUGGAACACGCCUUCGAGAAGAAUCACUACGUGGUGGGCGCGGAAAGGAAGCAGCUGGCUCACAGCCUCAGCCUUACGGAAACUCAGGUAAAAGUAUGGUUUCAGAACCGGAGGACGAAGUUCAAAAGGCAGAAGCUGGAGGAAGAAGGCUCAGAUUCGCAACAAAAGAAAAAAGGGACACACCAUAUUAACCGGUGGAGAAUCGCCACCAAGCAAGCGAGUCCGGAGGAAAUAGACGUGACCUCAGACGAUUAAAAACCCAAACCCAAACCCACAGAAACGGACAACAUGGAGUAAAACAGAGACAGGGAGAGGAGGGGAAGAAGGAAAAAAAACCUACAAAACAAAAACAAACCGCGCACACAUUCACCGAGAAAGGGAGAGGGGAUCAGAGAGCUACGGCAGGCUUCGCAGACUUUGGACAGCGAGGGCGCUGGGUCCCAAUCCAAGAUCGCGCCAGGAUGGCAGAGGAUCCAGGCUCCUUCAUCAACUUGCAACCUUCGUCUAAAGAGGCAGCUGAGUGAGUGAGUGAGAGAGACAGAGAGAGGGAGAGAGAGGGAGGAGGGGGGAGAGAGAGAGGGAGAGAGAGAGGGAGAGGUAGAGAAAGAGAGAGAUCUCCAGAUCCAAAUGUGGUAGAGCAGAAGGCGCACUCUGACAAGGAGAGCUGUCAGUCAAACACCAAACCAGGGAGACAAGAUGAUUGGCAGGUAUUCCGUUUAUCACAGUCCACUUAAAAAAAUGAUAAUAAUGAUUUAAAAACCAUCCCAACCAGGCACAGGACUUUUAAUUUUGCACUUCGCAGUUUUCCCCAGUCUUUAAAAAUAAUUAGUAAUAACAAGCGAAAUUCCAUAUCUAGCCCCAUCCCACACCUGUUUCAAAAACUUGAAUUGCAUGUAGCAGUUGUUGGGCGAAUGGUGUCUAAAGACAAAAUGAAUUGUAAUUUUAUUUUCUUUUUAAAGACAGGUUCUGUGUGUUUUUUAUUUUGAUUUUUUCCGAGAAAUGUGCAGUCUGUAAACACUUUUUGAUACCUUCUGAUGUCAAAGUGAUCGUGAAAGCUAAAUGAAGUAGGCUCAGCGAUAGUGGUCCUCUUACAGAGAAACGGGGAGCAGGAUGGGGAUGGGGGUGGUAAGGGAGGGUACCCCGAGAAGAAUCAGGAUUUGUGCUAGGGAAAAAAAAACCCUAAAUUAAUUCUAUUUCUUGGACAUUCCCUUUCCUAACAUUCUGAGGCUCAAAACCACCAAGUUAACUUCUCCUCUUAGUGGUUGGAGAAAUUGGCUGAGUUCAACCAUUCAUCAUAAUGUCCAUUCAAAACUUUAAAUCUGUCUAUUGCAAAAAUUGAAGGACUGUAGUUAGCGGGGAUGAUGUUAGUGUGGCCAAGGACAUGCGGCAAGUUUUCAAGCACUGAGUUUCUCUUCCAAGACCAUAGACUUACUAAAGAGAGCGACAAAUGCUUCCUUAAUGUCUUCUAUACCAGAAUGUAAAUAUUUUUGUGUUUUGUGUUAAUUUGUUAGAAUUCUAACACACUAUAUACUUCCAAGAAGUAUGUCAAUGUCAAUAUUUUGUCAAUAAAGAUUUAUCAAUAUGCCCUCAGA